GCAGUCAAAGAGAAACUGCUGUGGAACGUAAAGAAGGAGGUGAAGCAAAUCAUGGAGGAAGCUGUCACCAGGAAGUUUGUGCAUGAAGAUAGCAGCCACAUCAUUGCUCUGUGUGGACUGGUGCCACCAGCUGCCACUCUGGCUGUGUUCAGUGCCGCUUCUCUCCAGAGCACUCUGAAUGGGGCAUACAAUCCCGGGAAACGGUCACCACUUUCCUACAGGCGCUGCAGCCCCAGGACCAAGAGACUGGGACUCACUCACCUGUGUACCACAGGGCCACACAGGACCUCCAGAGACCAAGGGGACAGCCAUGGAGUAGAUACAGGAGCAGGCCAGACAAAGCCCUUAUAGCACAGCAGUGACUGCCUUCCAGUUACUAAAAAUGAAGACGAAAACCAGGUGCAGUGGAGGCUUGCCUGCUACAUCAGCUGAGACGCCGUGCUGCCGGCUUCCUGCGCAGUGACAAGAUGGCAGCCUUGUUCACCAAGGUGGGGAAGACAUGCCCAGUGGCUGGGGAGAUUUGCCACAAGGUACAGGAGCUACAGCAACAAGUAGAGGGCAGGAAACCCUCAGCAGGCAACCAGGAUGCCCUGCGGAGACAGGGCUCUGCCAGCGGGAAGGCCCCGGCUCUCAGCCUACAGGCCUUAAAACACAUAUGGGUACGCACAGCGCUCAUCGAGAAAGUGUUGGACAGGGUCAUGCAGUACCUCGUGGAAAACUGCAGCAAGUACUACGAGAAGGAAGCGUUACUGGCAGAUCCUGUAUUUGGCCCCAUCUUGGCCUCUCUUCUAGUGGGACCUUGUGCCUUGGAGUACACCAAGCUCAAGACUGCUGAUCACUACUGGACUGACCCCUCUGCUGAUGAGCUAGUCCAGAGGCACCGUAUCCGGGGUCCCCCUAAUCGCCAGGACUCCCCUGCAAAGCGCCCAGCCCUAGGAAUUCGGAAGCGGCACUCAAGUGGCAAUGCAUCAGAGGACAGGCUAGCUGCCUGUGCCCGCGAGUAUGUGGAGUCCCUGCACCAGAAUUCAAGAACACGGUUGCUCUACGGCAAGAACAACGUGCUAGUGCAGCCGAAGGAGGACAUGGAGGCUGUCCCUGGCUACCUCUCCCUGCACCAGUCCGCAGAGAGCCUAACUCUGAAAUGGACCCCCAACCAACUCAUGAACGGGACUCUGGGGGACUCCGAGCUGGAGAAAAGCGUUUACUGGGACUAUGCCCUGGUUGUGCCCUUCAGUCAGAUUGUCUGCAUCCACUGCCACCAGCAAAAGAGCGGCGGCACACUCGUGCUGGUGAGCCAGGAUGGCAUCCAGAGGCCGCCACUGCACUUCCCACAGGGAGGACACCUGCUGUCCUUUCUGUCCUGCCUGGAGAAUGGACUUCUGCCCCGAGGACAGCUGGAGCCCCCGCUCUGGACCCAGCAGGGGAAGGGGAAAGUGUUCCCCAAGCUACGGAAACGCAGCAGCGUGCGGACUGUGGACGUGGAGGAGAUGGGCACCGGGAGGGCCACAGACUACGUGUUCCGGAUCAUUUACCCCGGCCACAGGCACGAGCACAUCACUAUUAACUACCACCACCUAGCGGCCAGCCGCGCGGCCUCGGUGGACGAUGAUGAGGAAGAGGAGGAUAAACUGCACGCGAUGCUCUCAAUGAUCUGCUCGCGGAACCUCACAGCUCCCAAUCCGAUGAAAGAUGCGUCCAAGGAACCAUCUUCUGAGGCUGCACCUGGCACAUUCUUCUGGACAGUGGAACUGUGUGCCCAGCCACCACCUCCUCAGUGGCCUGGCAGCCCCGGGAAUUUUGCUCUUCCUGCCGGCUCACCUGUGUAUUUGGAGGAGGCCACCAUGCUAAAUUCAGAUGCUGGUGACAUGAUUGAAAUGCAGGGCUUUGGGCCCAGCCUGCCAACCUGGCACCUGGAGGCCCUGUGCCGCCAGGGCCCCUCCUGCCUCUCCUGCUCCACCAGCAGCUCCCCAUAUGCAGCCCCCAGCCAUUGCAGCCGUGUCCCCGACCGGUUGCCCCUCAGGCUGCUGUGUGAGAGCAUGAAGAGGCAGAUCGUGUCCCGGGCCUUCUACGGCUGGCUGGCUUACUGCCGCCACCUGUCCACGGUGAGGACCCAUCUGUCAGCGCUCGUGCGUCACAGCAUCAUCCCGCCUGCCCGGCCCCCAGGAGCCUCCGGGGGCCUCACCAAGGACGUGUGGAGCAAGUAUCAGAAGGAUGAAAAGAACUACAAGGAGUUGGAGCUGCUACGGCAAGUUUACUAUGGAGGUGUGCAGCACGAGAUCCGUAAGGACGUCUGGCCCUUUCUGCUUGGCCACUAUAAGUUUGGCAUGAACAAGAAGGAGAUGGAGCAGGUGGACUCAGCAGUGGCAGCAAGGUACAAGCGGGUGCUGGCAGAGUGGAAGGCCUGCGAGGUGGCAGUGAGGCAGCGGGAGAGGGACGCGCAGCCAGCCACACUCACCAAGUUCUCCUCGGGCAGCAGCAUCGACAGCCAUGUGCAGCGCCUCAUCCACCGAGAUUCCACCAUCAGCAAUGACGUAUUUCUCUCUGUGGAUGACCUGGAGCCCCCCAAGCCCCCAGGCACUGAAGAUCCCAGACCCGAGCCUGAGCAGGAGCCGGGAGCAGGGCCCCCCGGCACCACCAUGGUGGAACAGCAGCAGUCAGUGGAGUUUGACUCUCCAGACUCGGGACUGCCAUCCUCUCGCAAUUACUCCGUGGCCUCGGGCAUCCAGUCGAGCAUAGACGAGGGGCAGAGCAUGGGCUUCGAGGAGGAGGACGAUGGCGGUGGGGAGGAAGGCUCCGACGGGCCGGUCCUGGCAGCCCGUGUUUUCUCCGAGCCCCAAGAUCCCAGCCAGGAGAAGGCCUCGCGGGCUCGCGAGCUGGAGGCAGGGGAGGAGCUUGCGGCCGUGUGCGCUGCUGCCUACACUAUAGAAUUACUGGAUACUAUGGCCUUAAAUCUGCACCGCAUAGACAAGGAUGUGCAGCGAUGUGACCGCAAUUACUGGUACUUCACGCCCCCCAACCUGGAGAGGCUCAGAGACAUCAUGUGCAGCUAUGUGUGGGAGCACCUGGACGUGGGCUAUGUGCAGGGCAUGUGCGACCUGCUGGCACCUCUCCUGGUCGUCCUCGAUGAUGAUCAGCUGGCCUACAGCUGUUUCAGCCACCUCAUGAAGAGGAUGAGCCAGAACUUCCCCAACGGGGGCGCCAUGGACACCCACUUUGCCAACAUGCGCUCCCUCAUCCAGAUCCUGGACUCAGAGCUGUUUGAGCUGAUGCAUCAGAAUGGAGACUACACCCACUUUUACUUCUGUUACCGCUGGUUCCUCCUGGAUUUUAAGAGAGAGCUGCUGUACGAGGACGUGUUUGCCGUGUGGGAGGUGAUCUGGGCGGCCCGGCACAUCUCAUCAGAGCACUUUGUCCUGUUCAUCGCCCUGGCCCUGGUAGAGGCCUACCGUGAGAUUAUCCGGGACAACAACAUGGACUUCACCGACAUCAUCAAGUUCUUCAAUGUUCUGUCUCCCCCAGAACGGGCUGAGCAUCACGAUGCCCAGGAGAUCCUGCAGAUUGCCCGGGACCUCGUCCACAAGGUGCAGAUGCUCAUAGAGAACAAGUGAGGGCUGUGGCCAGGAAGCGGCAGCUGACUGGAGCCUGGGCUCCGGGCCCCCGGCCCCCACGGGCAGAGGCGCAGGGCAGUGCAGCGGAGACUGCCCGAGCCCCGGCCAACCCUGCCUGCCCACCCGUGUUCCUAACAAAGCGUUUGUGAGCCUGGGAUCGGACUCUGGGCAGUGCUGGCCCUGCAGGGCAAGUCAGGGGCCUGGAUGCCCUCAGGCCAGGGAUGGGAUGGGAGAGGUUGGCCUCAGGGAGUGGCUCCCCUGGGGGACACCUACUCUGCUCCCCUCUCAAACACCUGGAAAUAGCCCCACUGUCACCUGCAGCCUCAGCCCAGACUGCUCCUCCUGGCCUCUCCUAGGUCAGCCUGGGGCCGUAUAGAUAUAACGGGCGGUAGUUGCCUGGCCCCACCUGGCAUGGGUCAUGUGGGCAAAGGGACUCUGUGCUGUAUCUCUUCUUCGAGUCCUCUUGCAGCCAUAGUGCAUAUGCCCACCGCAGCCCCAGUGGGGGCAGCCAGAACAGCUGCCGGUUCGGGCAUGUGUUCUGGGUGCAGGAGACCUUGAGGCAGUCAGAAGAUGCGGGCCCAGUGGGAGAAGCCCACCUCAGCAGCACUGCCACUGCCUUUGGCCACCUGGGGUGACCCCGUGCGCUCCCCAGCCCGUACAGGGCACCUACGUGUACCUGUACAGUUUCACUCUCGCCACCUAGUUCUUGCUUUAUGCAUUAGAUGCCCCCCUGAAAAAUGACACUUUUGCCCACUGGAUGACCUGGAAACGCAGUGGGAGCAUUGCCCUCGAGAGGAAUCCCAGGGUGAUUCUUUAGGGAGGAAAUCCUGUGAUAGCCUCCUCUCAGGGACAGGCCCCAGAGCUUUGGGACAGCCCAUCGCCUGUCUCAGGCACCCACUGGGUCCCUCAGUCUGGGGGGGAGGAGGGGAGGGGAGGAUGCCUGGGUCAUCCCUGUUUGUCCCUGGUGAGGAGCAAGGCCAGCCCUGCCUGCCCCAUGCUCCUCAGGAUGCCAAGAAGCCUGGAGACCUGAAGCCCCCUGGAGGAGCCUCACUCAUAGAGAUGUCGGGAAGGGCCCAGCUCCUGAUCCCAGGCCUAAGCACACUGCUUGCUCUGUCAUCCCUACUUGCCCCCCCACCCCUAAACACAUAAGGCUAAGGCUCUGCCCUGGGGCCAUUCUGCCACAGGGGCCUGUCCAGCAGUCACUUAGGUCUGGAGACUCCCUGCCUUUGAGAAACAUGAAAAGGGCCCAGCGGCCCUUGGGCAUCCUGCAGUCUCCUCAACCCACCCCUGUCCUGGGCACUGCAUGGCCUGUCUGAGGGCCAACUGCCCCAUUGCCUACCCUUGUCUGUGAAUCCUCAGCCUCCACCAAGCAUGGUGGCCAUUGUGUGCCUGCCUUAGUGACUCUGGUUUUGUGAGAAGCAGAGUGUAUAUGUUUUUUGGUUCAGAAACUAUACUCUUCAGUGUUGUUAACAGACCAAUAAACACAGCAUUUGGCAAUC